AUGACGGGUAGGGAAGGAUUGAAAAAUAGCAAAGAUUUCCGCUUCGCGUUCCUUACGCAUUAUACCACGCAUGCUGACCUUAUAAAGAAUGCCAUCAGAGAAAAUUGGACAGUAUUAAAAAAUGAUCCAGUCCUGGGAAAAGAAAUCCCUGACCGCCCGGAUAUUAUCUUUAGAAAAGCCCCAAACCUUAGGAAUCAUUUAGUGCGUAGUGCGAUCCCCACAGAUACUGGAAAACGAAAGCAAGAUAAAUUUGCAUGGUGUGGGUUCUGCCUUGCAUGCAGGAAUAGGAAUAAGGAAGGAAAUGCCAGUAAGAAGUCUGAGGGAAACUUCAUGUUAUCGCUAGACUAUAAAGAAGAUGAAGAUAUCAUGCAGAGCUCUUCAGGAGAAAACAUCUUUACCUGUAAUCAGCCACAUUCAUGUUCUGAAUGCAGCAAAUGUUUUACAAAUAAAUCGGAUCUCAUUAGACAUGAGAGAAGUCACACAGGUGAGAAGCCAUUUACAUGUUCACUAUGUGGGAAAUGUUUUGUAAAUAAAUCAAACCUUGUUGCACAUGAGAGAAUUCACACAGGAGAGAAACCAUAUUCAUGUUCAGUAUGUGUGAAACGUUUUACAAAUAAGUUCAGUCUUGUUAUACACCAGAGAAUUCACACAGGAGAAAAACCAUUUACAUGUUCUGAAUGUGGGAAAUGCUUUAUAAAUAAAUCAGAACUUGUUACACAUGAAAGAAUUCACACAGGAGAGAAGCCAUAUUCGUGUUCAGUAUGUGGGAAAUGUUUUACUUUUAAAUCAAGUCUUGUUUUACAUGAGAGAAUUCACACAGGAGUAAAACCAUUUACAUGUUCAGAAUGUGGGAAAUGUUUUAUAGAUAAAUCAUAUCUUGUUAUACAUAAGAGACAUCACACUGGAGAGAAACCCUAUUCAUGUUCAGUGUGUGGAAAAUGUUUUACAAAUAAAUCAAGUCUUGUUACACAUGAGAGAAGUCACACAGGAGAAAAACCAUAUUCAUGUAAAGAAUGUGGGAAACGUUUCAUAAAUAAAUCACAUCUUGUUACACAUGAGAGAAGUCACACAGGAGAGAAGCCGUAUUCAUGUUCAGAAUGUGGGAAAUGUUUUAUAAAUAAAUCAAGUCUUGGUAUCCAUGAGAGAAUUCACACAGGGGAGAAGCCGUAUUCAUGUCCCGAGUGUGGAAAAUGUUUUGUAAAUAAAUCAAGUCUUGUUACGCAUCAAAGAAGCCACACCGGAGAGAGGCCAUAUUCAUGUUCACUAUGUGGGAAAUGUUUUAUAAAAAAAUCAAAUCUUGUAACACAUGAGAGAAGUCACACAGGAGAGAAGCCGUAUUCCUGUUCAGUAUGUGGUAAAUGUUUUACAAGGAAAUCAAGUCUUGUUACACAUCAGAGAAAUCACACAGCAGAGUAACCAUAUUAAUAUCGUAUAUGUGUAAAUUAACAAGGAAACACUAGAGAAUUCAUAUAACGAAGAAAUAUUCUUUUUUUAAUGUAUCUUUUCCUUACAGUUGUGAUAUAACACGAGAAAACAAAGUAUAACCAGAAAUAUGGUAAAAUAGUGUGGAGGACCUCCUACCAUGGAGUUGUAUCUAUUGACAAUGUCUCAGUUCACUCUGCCCUGUUCCAGUUCCUCCGAUGUUGGGAUGUCGCCUGUACACUAUACUAUUGUUGUUACUAUAUUGCUAUUGUAUAACAAGUGGAACUUGGAUAAAAGAAUUAAAUGAAAUGAAACUGAACACAUUUUCAAUCACGUCUAGAAUGUCGUUCUUCCUUAUUUAUUCGUUUUUAUGUCGCUCCUGAUCCUCAACCCUUAAAAAAUAGUCGGCGGCUGCUGGUCUCACAGUGCUGUUCCCACUAGUAGCCGUUCGUAAAACCAGUUGGUGGCCUGAAAGCAGGAAUGCAAUUUUUUUCUCUGUCCAAGAAGAAGCAUAAUAAAAAAAUGCCACAUCAGCGAGCUUUCACAGAUCGAUUUUUGCUGGACAUUUCUGCAGUUUUGCAAUUUUUUAGGCCUUUUUUUGCUGUAAAUUGCCAGAUGUUACCUGAAGGUCUAUGAGAAACAUGAAAACAGGACACAUAAACGUGUUUUUUUUCCCCACUAGUGCUUUUGUUCAUUAGGUGUCAUUUUUAUUUUUUUUGUACUAGUAAUCCCUAUAUGUCAUGUGUUCUAGGGGGGAGUAACACUGGAGUGUCAGUCUUCCAGAUGAGGUCUCACUGGCGCUCUGUACAUUGGGAUCAGUAUUACAGAUGUGGUCUCACUGGUGCUCUAUACAGCGGGAUCAGUAUUUCAGACGUGGUCUCACUGGCGCUCUAUACAGCAGGAUCAGUAUUACAGAUGAGGUCUCACUGGUGCUCUAUACGGUGGGAUCAGUAAUACAGAUGCGGUCUCACUGGCGCUCUAUACGGCGGGAUCACUAUUCCAGAUGUGGUCUCACUGGCGCUCUAUACGGCGUGAUCAGUAUUCCAGAUGUGGUCUCACUGGCACUCUAUACGGCGGGAUCAGUAUUCCAGAUGCAGUCUCACUGGCGCUCUAUAGAUGGGAUCAGUAUUCCAGAUGCAGUCUCACUGGCGCUCUAUACGGCGGGAUCAGUAUUCCAGAUGUGGUCACACUGGCGCUCUAUACGGCGGGAUCAGUAUUACAGAUGCGGUCUCACUGGUGCUCUAUGCAGGACGUGUGUGACGUGUUGUGCUGCUUCGAGUACUCUACCAACAUGGCCAGUGCCGAUGACGCCGUCCUCAGCAUUACUAUCCCACUUCUAUGUCUCCUUGACAAAACGCUUCGGGUGAGGAUGUGGCACAGGCGGAAGAGGAGGAGGAACAGAGAUCAAUCCCAGGGUUAUCAGGCCAGUCGUCCACACAUGGCUCAGAGGGUGGGUGCCUGCACCAACAGAGGCCAGGUACCCAACUGUCCAGCCAGGUCAGAGUUUUGUAUGAUGAGGAGGAUCCCUGUUCACAGCAGGGUGGCACCCAAAUCAGCUCAUGGGCAUCACUGGAGUGUGGCUGGGGGGAUACAGAGUACAAAGACAAUACACCUCCCACCAAGGACAGCUUGUCGUUGCCUCUGGGUAUUCUUGCACACAUGAGCAACUCCAUGCUGCAGUGCCUGCGUAAUGACCACUAAGUAGCCCACAUUCUAACUAGUGCUGUUUAAUGGCUGGCCACCCUGCUGGAUCCCCGCUAAAAGGACAACGUGCUGUGCUUACUCCUGUCACUGCAGCAUGGAAGAUGCGCAAGUACAAGACAUCAAGGCCAUGUCCCCCUGCACUACCUGUCAAGCUUCGGUGUGGGGUGGAAAACCCACACCGAACAUAGGAGGGAAAAGGGUGAGGGGAAAAGGCCUGGAAACUAAGGAAAUGAGCAGAUCACUUCCUAGAGAUACCCUAAUCGAAGUCCUGACUGACUGCAAGUAUAAACUGAAGCCAGAGGUGAGAUUAUACACAGGAACCUAAAGUCCUAAUUCACCCUGUAGGACCCUGGUACUAAUGUCAGGGCAAGAGACAACCUGUUCCUCCAAACAGUAGGACGACCAGGAGUCUCCCUCAGGCCUAAACACAAAUGACAGGGAAAAGAGCCACACAAAAAAACCAACACCAUAAAAGGUGAAGAAGACACUUAACUUCCAAUGGCUAUGGAAGCACAGGAGCUCUGCUGAGAUCCAAACACCAGCAAUCCACAACAAGACUGAAGCUAUGAACCACACAGAAUGGUGGGAGAAGCCACAAUAAAUA